ACGUGGGGCCGAGUAGAGAAAGGCUCGGAACCUUCCAGAACCAGCUGGAUGCUUCUCGCCCCCAUCCAAAACCUACCCCGUCACGAAAUCCCCAUUUCUCGACCAUUCCUUCCUUGUAAACCGCAUCCUCCCAUCAUCUCCUCCUCUGGCGACAACUCCUACCCAACCAACCUCUAGGUGCUUAAUGGCGUCGCCGCCGGCGCCGCCGUUCCUCAUUAAGACGUACGCGAUGGUCGACGACCCCGGGACGGACGACACCAUCUCCUGGAACGAGUCCGGCACGGCGUUCGUGGUGUGGCGGCGCGCCGAGUUCGAGCGCGACCUCCUGCCCAGGAACUUCAAGCACAGCAACUUCGCCUCCUUCGUCCGGCAGCUCAACACCUACGGAUUCAGGAAGGUCGGGAUCGACAGGUGGGAGUUCGCCAACGACUGCUUCAGGCGAGGGCAGAAGCACCUGCUCGGGGCGAUACAGAGGCGGAAGGGGAUCGGCGCCGGGCUGCCGGCGCCGGCGAUGCUGCCGACAGCGAUACCGAUCUCGCCCACGCCGACGAGCUCCAGCGGGGAUCCCGCGGUCUCCUCGUCGCCGCCGCCGGUCGGGCCGGCGACGGGGGCGAGCGGCGCGGUGGCCGAGCUGGAGGAGGAGAACGCGUGGCUGCGGCGUGAGAACGCGAGGCUGGCGCGGGAGCUCGCGCGCGCGCGCCGCGUCUGCGACGGCGUGCGCCACCUCGUCUCGAUGUACGACCACGGCGGGGAGGAGGGGGAGAGGCCCGGCGGGAAGCCGAUGCUGUUCGGCGUCGCGAUCGGGAGCAAGAGGUCGCGCUCGCCCGAGGAUGGGGACGAGGAGGAGAACGGCGACGAGGAGGACGAGGAGCAGGAAGACGACGAGAGGCACGUCGCGCGGCGGGAGCCGCCGGCGAUGUGUAGGAGGACGGAGCCGUCGGAUCUGGACGUGCUCGCGCUGUCCGUGCGGGCGGCUGCGGCCGCGAGGCCUGACGGGGGUUCGCGCGACAGGAAGAACCCGUCGAUGCCCAAACCUCUGGCCUGUGCGGUCAAGUCGCGCAACGCUCCUAGCUCCUAGUAUUGUAAUGUCUUUGUUGGGACGAGAUGGUAUUUGAACUGACAUGAAAUGCAUUUGCUCGCAUAGGUUUACUUUC